AUGCCCAGGCAGGCCCGCAAGGAGAAGCCACCCGACACAGACAAGGCUCGGUGGAAGCAGUUCUUCAGCCACCUCAAGCGCAAGAAGCCUAGUGCAAAGAGGGCGCGGGUCCCCGGCGUCAAGCAAGGGAAGCUGGGCUUCUCCACGGCCUGGAACGGUGAGGCCCCGGGAGCAUGGGUGGGUGGUGUGGGUCUCGGACACCUGGAAGGCGCAAGGUCCUGGGAGCUAGAAGCCGGGUGGACCAAGAUCGUGCUGCUUUUCCCCAUGGAUAAGCGGCAGCCGCUGGCCGAGGCGGCGGCGGGUCCCGGCGCGCAGGCCGAGCGGCCGGGUGAGGACGCGACCCGCCCCCCGGGGGGCUGCCCGGCGGCACCGCCCAUGCUGCGAGGAGCGGGGGACAGCGCGGAGCGGCGCGACGGCGCACGCGCACGAGAGAUGAAGAAGAUCCUGGUCUUGCUCCUGUUGCUGGACGCGCGGCUGCAAGAGGAGGGGCGCCGCGCAGGGGGCGUGUCCGGGGGCGGGUCCGGCGCGGGAGGCGGGGCCAAGGCCGCUAAGAGCUGGCAGAGGCUCUACGAGCGCCUGCUGGCCGAGAGCGAGGCCGACUGCGAGGCCGACGCGGCCGAGGAGCAGCCGCGCAAGCGGCGCCGCAGCCCGCGCCGACGCGGAGGUGGAGUCUCAGGCAAACAAGGGGCCGUAGGGGCGGAGCCUCAGGCCAGGGGGCGGGGCCUAGAUCAGAAAGCGCCAAGCCCCCCAAACUGCCGGCAAAGAAGGCGGAGCCGGGCCUCGCCCCUGAGAAGCUGCGCCCUCCGCCGCAGGGCGGCGCUGGUCCGGAAGGUGGCAGCCCCGUGGAGGAGCCGCGGGGUCCGCGGGCCGCUCCCACUAGGCCGCAUCGCGGUGGUGCUGGACCAGGGCUCGGGCUUCACCAAGGCCGGUUUCGCGGGGGAGCACCAGCCGCGACUGAUGCUGAAGAGCUCCAGCCUGGUGCCCAGCUGGGACCGGCCCGUGCUACCCGGCGCGCCGGGCUGCGAGCUGGCGGGCGGCGUGGCGCGGGCGCACCCCAUCAAGCACGGCGUGGUGGUGGACUGGGAGGCGCUGGAAGGGCUGUGGGAGCGUCUGCUGGUGGGCGGCCUGCGGGUGUGCCCGGAGCAGUGGCCCGUGCUGGUGAGCGACUCUCCGUCGGCGCCUCCUGGGAGCCGCGAGAAGGUGGCCGAGCUGCUGUUCGAGACCCUGGCAGUGCCCGCGUGCCACAUAGCCAGCACCGCGCUGCUGGCGCUCUGCUCCACGGGCGCGCUCAGCGGGCUGGCGGUGGAGGCUGGCGCGGGCGUGUGCCACGCCACGCCCAUCUACGCGGGCCACUCUUGGCAGGAGGCCACCUUCCGCCUGGAUGUGGCAGGCACCACUCUGUCGCGCUACCUACGGGACCUGCUGGUAGCAGCAUGCCCGGACCUCCGGCUGCAGACCCUACCCCGCAAGGCCAUCACACAGCUCAAGAAGCGCUACUGCUAUGUGUCGCUGGACUUCGAGGGUGACCUCCGUAACCCUGCCCGCCACCAGCCAGCCAGCUUCUUCAUAGGCAACGGCUGUUCGAUCCACCUCAGCAGCGAGCGCUUCCGCUGCCCCGAGCCCAUCUUCCAGCCGAGUCUGCUGGGCCAGACGGAGCCGGGACUGCCUGCACUGGCCUUCCGGGCACUGCAGAAGAUGCCUGCAACGCUGCGGAAAUGGCUGGCUGACACCGUAGUGCUGGCGGGUGGCUCCACACUUUUCCCUGGCUUCACUGACCGCCUGAACAUAGAGCUGGAGGCUCAGUGCCGGCGGCACGGCUAUGGGGCCCUGCGGCCACGCCUGGUGGCCACGCCUGGGCGCGGCACAGCCGUGUGGACAGGUGGUUCCAUGGUGGCCUCGCUGAGCUCCUUCCAACGCCGCUGGAUGACCCGGGCCAUGUACCAGGAGCAUGGCUCCAGGCUAGUGCACGAAGUGUUCAACUGAGUCAUGUUCCACUGCAGGGGGUGGAGCCAUGAGAAGGCACUGCAAGGCAGAGCUGCAGCUCUGUCAGAGGCAUCCAGCGCCAGAUAAAGGGUCUCAACAGCUUGGAGCUGGCAGUCAUGGUGUGGUGAUGGGCCACCCACCCUCUCCCCUCUCUGGUUCAGGGGGAGGUAGGCGAGGCCUCUGGGAUCCUUAGCUUUGAUCUGCAGUUUGAAUCCUCCCUAACUAAUGCCAGUUGAGAGAAUGCCAGUCCAGCUGCCCACCCCCAAAGCCCUGUUUCCUUGGCAACAAGGAAGGCAAUAUCCCUGCUGUACCCAGGCCACAGAUAUGGAAGUCUCUGCAACACACCAAUCCCCUCCCCAUGUACCAUGUGAACUCCCAUCCCAUGCCAGGCCCCAAGGGGUGACCCUUUGAAAAGCCACUACAUCCUAUGUGAAUGCAACCAGAAGGGACAGCCCUGUCCCCAGCUGUGUGCUCAGGUGGUUGUUGACUCUCUGAGGUCCUCAUUUCCCCUCCUCUAAAAUGUGGAGUCAGGCACAAUCCCAGGCCUGCCCACUGCUCCCUCACACCCCCUUAUAAGAGCUAUGGGACAAAGGGAGGUAGAAACAUUUCUUAAAAGAAACACACAAAGGGAAGGGCAGCAUGUGGUUUUUUGAAGUCACCACCCAGGGGCCUGGAGCCCUUGUGCACACACGUGUCCACAAACAUGCAGACGCACAUGUCCCUGCCUACUCAUGCAUAGCCUCAGGCCAGGCCCCUCACACUAGGCUCCAGGCACCAACAAGGACCUGUGGACAAGUGUAAGCACAGGCCCCCCACCCCAGCCCAUCCCUGCUGGGUGCUGGGCUGAUAGCCCACAACAGUUAGAUCUGGCCAAGGAUAAAAACAGCCAACAGCAGCUCCAGGUAUUAAGUGCCUACUGUGUGCCAGGCACAGUUCUGGGUGCUAGGAAUAGAGCAGAGAACAAAACAAGACAAAAAUCCCUGCCUUCAUUCUCAUUUAAUUGUCUUAACAAAUGUAUGGAGGUAGGCUCUAUUAUGAUCCCCAGUUUGCAGAUGAGGGAACUGAGGCCCACAGAGGUAAAGCUGCAUAGCCAGGGAGACCAGGAUUUGAACCCAGGCCUCUAGCUCCACAGCCCUGAGCCAUGAUGGUACAGGUUCCCACAGCACAGCAGACACCUCUGCCCUCACUUUGGGCCUCCCACCAUCCACCCCUCCACUCACCAGUUUGGUGGUGUCCAUGGCCGUGAGC